GCUAACAGCUACUUUCCCUCUGUCCCAUUCUUGUGUGAUGAUGUCAUCAGAUAAUGUACCAGAAUGUGACCCACUGCCCCUGAUGUAUUACCCCACCAUCUAUCCUCCUCUGCCCCUGCUGUGCUAUCUCUAGAGGGCAUUAGCAUUACUCCUCAGACCUCCUCCCUCCUCCCUCCUCCCUCCUCCUGCUCCUGAACCAGGUCUUUGUCUCCGCUCGGCUGCCGGACCGCCGUGAUUCAUCCUCCAUUCAAACGCUCAAUCACGGCGUCUGUCUGGACAUUGGAGGACGUCCAAACUGUGGAGGGGGCGUCGGGAGGGGGGGCGGUCUGUCAUUACACAGAGGUUUUUAUGGUCUGGAUUUGAACACUGCCGCAGCCACACUUCAAUCAAGCCUAAAAGCUUGGGGGCAUUCCAAGAUUGAUGUUAAUUCCCAGAUAUCGUUGAUAUCCAGUCAGGACUGAGAUCAACGUCUUCCUGUGACGAGAGAGUCGUUCAAAUUAGCAGCAGCGCUAACCGUCCACCUCCAGACAGACUGGUCCAGGACUCCGUCUGAUCAAUGUUCACUUUUUCAUUUCCUUGAGUCCUUGAGUCCUAAACUAAACGAGGUCGGUUGUGUAUCUACUUCACAGUACUUCACAGUAUUAUCAGUCAGUACUUCAUGUACUUCAUCUGGUGUGUACUCUGAACGUCUGUCAUUUACAGUUUUUUCUUUACAUCUAAUCAGUGUUUGUUGUUUCUAAUUAGCUACCGUUAAAAGUAGAGAAAUAUUCAAAUGUUUGAAGCCGUCACGAGGCUGUUACUGAAGUUUUCUGCUGGACUGAGUCCAAAUAUACUUGUUCUGCUACUGCAGGGAAAUCAAAAAGUCUGCAACCAAUUAGGGAAAUGCAAUCUGCUGCCAGUAGGUGCUGCUCUCCACACCAAUCAAGUCCUUGAUUGGUGUGGAGGGUAAAAGAAAAAGAAGAAAUGACUGAAACUCAUCAACAAGUUUGGAUCUAGAACCAUCUGAUCUUAAUUUUUAUUUUCCUUAAAAAAUACUCGAUUUCAGUCCAUAGACCGGUGUCAAAGGUCAUCCUCCAGAACUCUACAGAGAACGGAUUCUCUGACCACUGAAGAAGAAGCCGACCAGAUGUUGUUGACCAUGAUGACCUGUGUGAAGGUCAUCGUCGUCCAUCAGUCUCAUGUUAUGACAGAUGAAAUGUCAUCAGGGACGUCAUCAAUUAUGCAGUCACUUCUGAUCAUCAAAGGAACAUGAAAGGACUGGCUCAUUAAGUCUGACUUGCUUCAUUUAGCUCAACUAAUUACAAUGAAUAGGUAAUAACAAACCCAAAAAGAAGAGGAGAAAAGAGGAGAAAAAAAAAACAUCAGAGAAUAAAAUCAAGAAAACAGGGACAAAGACGAGUUCAUCAUUUGCUGCCGACACAACAUCCGUGCUGCGUACACCGUGCAACAAACGUUUUAGUUUUCCAAACGUCAGGAAACAUGCGUGAGUGUAUCUCCAUACACGUUGGCCAAGCAGGAGUACAAAUUGGCAAUGCCUGCUGGGAGCUCUACUGCCUGGAACAUGGUAUUCAGCCAAACGGACAGAUGCCAAGCGACAAGACCAUCGGAGGAUCCGAUACCUCGUUCAGCACCUUCUUCAGUGAGACCGGAGCUGGAAAGCACGUUCCCAGAGCUGUUUUUGUCGACCUGGAGCCAACUGUCAUUGACGAGGUGCGAAGCGGAACGUACCGCCAGCUGUUCCACCCUGAGCAGCUGAUCACUGGUAAGGAGGACGCCGCCAACAACUAUGCUCGUGGACACUACACCAUCGGCAAAGAGAUCAUUGACGUGGUGCUGGACAGGAUUCGCAAACUGGCCGACCAGUGCACCGGUCUACAGGGCUUUUUAGUUUUCCACAGUUUCGGGGGCGGCACCGGCUCUGGCUUCACCUCCCUGUUGAUGGAACGUCUGUCCGUCGACUACGGUAAGAAGUCCAAGCUGGAGUUCUCCAUCUACCCAGCUCCACAGGUGUCCACUGCUGUGGUGGAGCCCUACAACUCCAUCCUGACCACACACACCACCCUGGAGCACUCCGACUGCGCCUUCAUGGUGGAUAACGAGGCGAUCUAUGACAUCUGCCGCAGGAACCUUGACAUCGAGCAUCCCACCUACACCAACCUGAACAGACUGAUCAGUCAGAUCGUGUCGUCCAUCACCGCGUCCCUCCGUUUCGACGGUGCCCUCAACGUGGAUCUGACAGAGUUUCAGACCAACCUGGUCCCAUAUCCACGUAUUCACUUCCCUCUGGCCACGUACGCGCCCGUCAUCUCUGCUGAGAAGGCCUACCACGAGCAGCUGUCGGUCUCCGAGAUCACCAACGCCUGCUUUGAACCAGCCAAUCAGAUGGUGAAGUGUGAUCCUCGGCACGGCAAGUACAUGGCUUGCUGCCUUUUGUACCGCGGCGACGUGGUGCCCAAAGAUGUCAAUGCCGCCAUCGCGUCCAUCAAGACCAAACGCACCAUUCAGUUUGUCGACUGGUGUCCAACUGGUUUUAAAGUGGGCAUCAACUACCAGCCUCCCACUGUGGUUCCUGGUGGAGACCUGGCCAAGGUCCAGAGGGCCGUGUGCAUGCUGAGCAACACCACUGCCAUCGCAGAGGCCUGGGCCCGGCUCGACCACAAGUUUGAUCUGAUGUAUGCGAAGCGGGCCUUCGUUCACUGGUACGUGGGUGAGGGUAUGGAGGAGGGGGAGUUCUCUGAGGCCAGAGAGGACAUGGCAGCACUGGAGAAGGAUUAUGAGGAGGUAGGAAGUGACAGUAUCGAGGACGACGACGAAGGAGAGGAAUUCUGAGCAGCUGGAGCCAAUCCCAGGGGGUGAAACAUUGGGGUACGCCAUGGUCAGGUCACCAGUCCAUCACGGUUCAAACCAUUUAGGUUCAGAUUCAGAGCUGCAGCCAGUUUAGAAUCUUGUGUUUGCCCAGCGAUCCCUAACCUCCCAGAAAGGAGUGUUGACCACAGUUGUCGACGCCUCAUCGACUCUAGAUGGUUCUACUUAAGGCCUGUGUGUGUGAAGUGUGCACGUUCUUCAUGUCUGUGUGUGUGUGUUCUCUCUGGGACUCCUCCACAGUCCAAAGGUUGUGCUGGUAUUCUACUGUACAGAGACGGAGCAGAGGAGUCUGUCUGUUUGACCGUCUGUUUGACCGUCCACGCCUGUUUCUGUGAGAAAGUUCUUUGACUCGAUAGUUAACUCCAACAUUAGGGAGGCCAUCUGCUAAAAAAGACCAAGAAAAAAGAAGUGGAGUAAGAAAUAGGAAGCAGUGAAAUAACAAAACAGAUGUCCACUCCCUCUAAACACAGAACCACGAGAAAAACCACGAGAAAAACCACGAGAAAAAAUCUGUAGGAAAAGAAACGAUAACGUUAGAAAAGAUCAGGUGGAAGAGUAAACUAGGAAGAGGUGGUAACCAACCAAAAAGUUCAAAAUAGAAGAUGCAACAUAGAAACAAUCAAUCUGAAAUAUUUAUCUUCAUUUUGUGCUAAAUAUUCUCACCAUAACUAAUGCUAAUGCUAAUUUUCACACUAGUCCCUAAACAUGUUCAUGGAGUUGUUGUGUGAUAUGGGUUCAAGUGUAUCACACUUUAUUAAUACCUGUAAAUGUAUCACAUCUUAACAGUUGAUAAUUAAAAACCUUUCUCUAAUAGCAUAGAUGUUCAGUCCACAAUAACACGAUCUAGAGAACCAACAGACGUAAGUGAUAUAGAUUAAAUGGAAAA